UCAGAUAAUAAAGGUCCCGCAUGGCCUUUCGCUUUGUUUUUUUCCAAUGAAAACAAACGGUAUGGAGCCGGAUUUGAUCCAAGAAUCGCAAAAAUUGCCUGACGAAACUAAAUAUGGACCUCAUAUACGGCUUAUUCCCCAGACAGAUCAAGUAAAAGAGCUACAAACAGUGCUAAGGGAUCGAACAACAUCAAGAGGAGACUUUAUAUUUUUUGCGGACAGAUUGAUUCGCUUGGUUGUAGAAGAAGGCCUGAACCAGCUGCCAUAUACACAGUGUACUGUCACAACCCCAACAGGGUACAAAUAUGAAGGUCUCAAAUAUGAAAAAGGAAAUUGUGGUGUGAGCAUCAUGAGAAGUGGUGAAGCCAUGGAACAAGGUCUUCGCGAUUGUUGCCGCUCAAUAAGAAUUGGCAAGAUCUUGGUUCAAAGUGAUGAAGAUACACACGACGCGAAGGUGUUCUAUGCUAAAUUCCCACCGGACAUUGCCAAACGAAAAGUCUUGCUCAUGUAUCCCAUAAUGAGUACGGGCAACACAGUCACUCAAGCCGUUAAGGUCCUCCAGGAACAUGGCGUGAAAGAGGAAAAUAUCGUUCUUUUGAAUCUUUUCAUUACGCCUGUUGCCAUUCGUUCAAUCAUCAGCACAUAUCCGAAAAUGGUCGUCCUGACCUCCGAGAUCCACCAGGUGGCACCUAAUCACUUUGGACAGAAGUACUUUGGCACAGACUGAUCAUUCUUGAAAGGACUUCUGUAAUCUGGUUGUUGCAUUCCUACCUAACGGAAACGGCCCAUUAUCUAUGUUCCACUGCCAUUAUUUUACGGAACCAAUGUCUGAGGUUAUAUUUUUGGUUCUUGUAACACACUCUCAUGCAAACGUGUUGAAAAUCAGGUCUUAAAAUGUGCUACGCUGGUCAUUUGCUUCCAUGUAGUUACUCCAUUUGUGACCCGCUCUACCAAAACUAGGCGCUUGUCGCAUCUGAACUCGACAGGUUGAUACGGACUUGUUGUUCAUUUCCCUAUUGUAGACCUUUUGUGAAAUGUGACCAAAUCAGUUUGUAAUAGAUUUCACAAAAGGUCUACAAUAGGGAAAUGAACAACAAGUCCGUAUCAACCUGUCAAGUUCAGAUGCGACAAGCGCCUAGUUUUGGUAGAGCGAGUCACAUUUGAAGGAAGAUGUGUAAGAAUCACGCUGGUUUUUUUCUUCAGAUGUUUUACUCUGGGGGUUGGGGGAACUCUAAAAUUAUUCAACUUGCUGGCUUAAAUCUGAAUGGUGCGACUUGAUACAGCUUAUCAUGUCAUAAUAUCAGAAGUAGGACACAGCCGAAUCAUUGACCGAAAUAUUGAUGAGUUGGUAGAAGUUUAUAUUGAUCAUAUUGAAGUGUUUCUGGAGUUCGAUGCCAUGGUUUGUUUACCUGUUGUUAAGACUUCAAAAAUAUCCAUUGCAUCAAUGUGUUUGACAUAGUUUUUUGGGGGGGAAUUGUUUAAAACAACUGAAAGGCACUAGAAACAAAUGUGCCGAGUCUUGACCUGGUAAGGAAGCAUUUGUAAACAAAUCUACUCUAUUUGUAAACAAAUCUACUCUUGACCGGUACUAUACUCUAUGUGUAUUGAUCAUGAUAUGUUCUUUAGUUGUUCUGAUGGGAGAUGAAGUUUCAAAUGAACAUUGUUUGAUGAAGUGGUGCCAUGUACGAUAGUGAGUACGUUUUGAUAAGUAUUUUCGUCACCAGUGGUUGUUCUAAUCCAUUGAAGGUUUUGUGACCAAACGCAUGCAUCAGAUUUAUUUUUGUGACACAGUUAAAAGACAGGUGAAAUUUGCUUUUCACCAGGUGAGGCUUGAAGAUGUAUUUGUUAUUGCGGAGUUAGGUUUGAUUGGCUUAUUUGAUCUUGUUGUCGACAGUUUAAACGCAUUGCUCACACACUUGUCAGUUGCAUUCACUUAUCAGUUUGUUCAUCUUUUCAUUAGCACCAUGUAUGUGCAUCCGGUAACUUGUAAAAUAAGACAGUCAGUCUCAAUAUCAAAUAUGGCUUAAAGUGACCAAUACACAGAUGCUUAGGUUGACCUAGAUUCACUUACAUGUAUCAAACCAAGUGUGUAUGAAACAUGAGUAAGUACUGAGAUACAUGUAGCAGAUGAAUAGAAUUUCAGUUUUGAUUCUUGUUUUGUUUUAUUACCUCUUCAUGCGGAGAAGAAAGUGCCUUUGUUUUGAUGAAAUUCCCAUUUCUUUAUCUUAUUCCAUUGUCUGCUGAGAGCAAUGAUGAAAACUGGGUGCUAUUUUCAAAUAGGUCCCUUGCUCAAUCAUAUUUCUAACUUUAUUGUUGUAUUCACUUAUUGUGGCACAGCUAUUUAGCUUGUUGAAGGGUGCCUGUACAAAAGGUUUAUCUUGCAUGUGAUAGGCUUACAUGUGACAGUCAUACCUCAACCAGCUAAAUAGCAUCAACACAGUAUAUAUUUAUGUAAUAAUUCUCUAAACCUUGUCGAAUGCAGUUGCUAGUUUCAUAAUAUUAGAUUCACCAAAAGUGUUUUUAGAUUCAUGACAUCUGUCAAUGGUUUAGGGUUGGAGUAGCAAUCUUGAAUUUGGUUGAAUUUCAAUGAAAUCAAAUCAGGGAACAUAUUUACACCUAAUCAUUAAAAGGUACAGUUUUUGGAAUUGAAUAUACAAGGGGCAUUAUUGGAGAGUUUAGCGAGUACUUGCACAUGGAAUGUAUCUCGGAACAUGUUAUUGGUGGUACGAGUCUUGAAUUGGACUUUGUGUAUUCUGAAAAUUACGUCUCUUCUGUUAUAAUUGGGUUUUGUUGGUUGAUUUUGUCAGUCAUUAUAAUCAAGUAAUGUCUUCCAUUUAUUUGUAUCACUGACUGCACAGAAUGUCUUGAGAAGACAGAGCUGCGCUCCCCCAUUUUGCCUAAGAAGUCUGUCAUUUUCUUUUGGGUUUAAGUCUCAUAAAAAGGCCUAAGUUUUGGAAGCAUGAUGCAUUUGCUUACUUAAUUGAUGCAUUAUUCAUGCAUAUUAGUCGAAGAACCAAUUUGAAGGAAGUACAAUGUAUCAUUGUAACGAAGCCAUUUUGUCUCUUCAUUGGUAAAUAUUAAUAAAUUUCUUGACAAUUUUGAACCAAA